GGAGCGCCAGACCAAGGCGUGUGUCCUGCGGGGGAGACACGGAGCGGUGUGUGCGGGGUCGCGCGGGGUCAGCCCAAGAGGUGUUCUGGUGCUGCAAGAGUUGAGUUGCGAUCUGGCCGCUUAGAGGCUGGUGGCGUCCACUGCUCGUCCUGCCGCCCGCACCCUUCCCCUGCCCGUGCCCGGCCGCUGUAAGGCGUCCCUGCCCUUCUAUGCUGAAGAGGACUUGGAGGACUGGCCAAGAGCCCCGUGGCGGCACCGAGGGUGGGGUUGGCGAAGUGGCUGUCCCGUAGACCUUUGGCCCCACCUGCCCCAGCGAUGACCUCAUUCCCGGUGGAGGCGGGCACGCUCGGGUGGUAGCCAGGCAGAUGCGUGGGAGCCGCUCCCCGGUGCACACGCGCCCCACAUGUGCAACCCCUCGCCCUCUUUGCGCCUCGUGUACGCACACCCACACAAGCCUACACGGGUGUCUUUUGUGUACACUUGUGAAUCUCAGUGAUAAAACUUGCCGCCGCGUCAAGUGAAGUGUAAAGAUCGGUGCCGCCCCUCGCCGCGGCGAGUGAGAUGACCCCCUAGCCGGCCACUGCAGGGCCGACCCACCUCAGUGAUGGACUCCUUUAGUGACAAGUCGGAUAGUGGAGUGCUAAUGCCGCCCCGGCCGAUGGUGUACGGCAACAUGGUGUGUCCGGUGGAGACUUCGAGGGACGGUGACGACGCUUCCCCCAGCGUCACUCCCGCCCUGCCUUGCGACCCCUCCGUCACCCAGCUCGCGCCGCCCCUCUCCAGGACGAGCGACCCGAUUAUUUCACAUGAUCAGGUCAUCAAGGAAGAUGCCAGCAGCCCCUACGCCGGCCCCACCCAGCCCAUCACCAAAGUGUCCAACGCAUCCCUGCCCACGGGGAAUAUGAGCCAACUGUGCAAAGUGUGUGGAGAGCCCGCGGCAGGCUUCCACUUCGGCGCCUUCACCUGCGAGGGCUGCAAGUCGUUCUUCGGGAGGACGUACAACAACCUGUCAUCUCUGAACGAGUGCAAGAACAGCGGCCGCUGCAUCAUCAACAAGAAGACGCGGACCUCCUGCAAGAGCUGCCGCCUUCGCAAGUGCUUGAUGGUGGGCAUGUCCAAGAGUGGCUCACGCUACGGCCGCCGCUCCAACUGGUUCAAGAUACACUACUUAAUGCAGGGCAACAACAACAACAACAAUAGCAAUAACGUGAAUAACAACCUCAGUCCCAACCCGUCCGUGACUACCAGCGGCGACCUGUCCGGCAGCGAUCACUCCGUCACUCUCUCCUACGCGUCUUCGUCUCCGGGCCUCGCUAGUCCGGCCUCAGAGUCAAAGACGCUUAGUCCAGAUUUCAGGGACUUUAAGAUAACUCCGGACUUCAAACUGAGUCCAGACUUUAAGUUGAGCCCGGAGUUCAAGCUUGGGUCCGACCUCAAAGCUAGCUUAGACUGUAAAGGACUCAACUCUCCAACGCCUUCGUCGUCAGAAUCCCAUAACUCAGACUCGUCGUUGGAUCUGAGUGAAAAGUCUCUCUUCCCGCCGUACCCAGAGCACCUGUACCCGAAGGAGCUGCUGGCCCUGUACAACCUCCCCGCCCUGGCCCCGCACCUGCCGCCCUACAUGUCCCCAACCUCCCUCGCCCACCGCUACCUCUACCCCUACUACCCCUCGCUCCUGACAGUCUACUCACGCCGCCAGUACCUCGACUCACUGCUGCAGAAGGCGCGGCAAAGUGAAGCCUCAGCAACCAUUGAUGUUGAAGAUGAGCCGAGGGACCUCGCUUCUCCCAACCGGGAAUUCACGCCGCCGACAAAGUUUUUCAAACCCAACACUAUCCGUCCUCAUCACGAGAUGAAGGUGGCGGUGAAGUCAUCGCGUCACUCCCCGGUCAGAGGCCUUCUGCCACUGCGCCCGGAGCUCCAUGGGCGCGACAUUCUCUCGGGGUACAACCCUGGCCACGACCUGACGCCGAGGAGCAGCCCAGACAUGGUUCCCGUCGCUGCUACCGCUCCCCAAGACCUCCCCAUCGACCUCAGCGUCAAGAACAAGUCCCCCAGUCCACAAAGGAUCGACAGUGACGAUGAGAGGUCGCUCUCCAGUAGUCCUCAUGUAAUAGAGGACGAAGAAAAGGAGGAAAAUAAUGAUGACGAUGAAGUAGAGGAGGAAGGAGAAAGGAAAAAGGAGGAGCAAGAGACGCCUCUGGACCUAAGCUCAGUGAGGAUGGGCUAGAGGACCCACCUGUUAAAGAAGACGGCGGCGACGCGAAGGAAAACACAGCCUCGUCCCUCCAACGACCUGCUAAGUGACUAGGUUGUGAGGCUCCAUGACCCCUUCCGCGUCCACCUCCCGCCCAGCCCGGCACGCGCCUGGGGCUGAAGGGACGACUGUCGCCGCCUCCUGCUGCUCUUCUCUCAGUAUUUCUGACAAAACAUGACCACUGAUGUGCCAUGAAAAGUACAAGUUCUUCCCUCACGCGCACACAGAGAAACCAACAGGAAAACACACACACACACACACACACACACACACACACACACACACACUUGGGAUACUCCCGCCGCGACACCGGGGCCGCGCCGGCCUCGCCCCGCCGUGGUCAGCGCGCCAGCGGGGGCGGGCGGCGGCCGCUCAGCUCGUCCAGCCGGCAGCCCCGCCGCUGGGGCAGUGCUGGAUGAAGACUGAUGCAGUAUUUUUUUCAUGCCUUCUCGAUCUCUUGUGAUAUUAUGUGGACAAAUAUUACAGACGAUUAUUAUCAAGUAUUAUAUUUCCAGAACAUAUAUAUUUUCUAUUUUUCGAUACUGAAAAUACCAGUGAUUAACGUAUAGUUUAAGUAAAUAAUCUUUGUAAUAUAACGGCUGGUUCUGCACUUCAUGUGCAGGACUUGGGCCUCACACACCCCGUGAAGGACGCCGGUGUGCAGGUCCCCUGGCCUGCCGCGCCCUGCUCUCUGAGGCUGCCUUCCUCCACACUCUGGACGAGGCACCGCGCCCUGGCGGCGGUGCGGCGCUCAAGACACACCGGGACGCCGAGCUGUCAGGCUGAGGCCGCCACCUAAGCACCCACGCCUGCAGAGGCCCACGGCGGGUGGCACGACAUUGCCGCUUGAGCCGCGGUGUCCGCUCCGAGGCGUGGCUGCCAGCGUGUCUUGUCAGUGUUUGGCCGGCGGUCACCACGCAUUGCCGGCCAGAGCCUUGCCUCCUGAGGCAGAUGUGUGUGCACGGCGACACCCAGUCAGUGGCGGCCCUGACCUCACUCCCUUGCUCCCCCGCAGGGCUCCUCUCACGACCCAGCGCUCCCCUCCACUCUCGGCUCAUCACGAUUCAUCUUUUUCUUCCCCACCCAUAGGUUUUCACGACCCCAUCACAGCUUUUUUCUCCCCUUCCCAUGGGUUUUCACAACAAGCGCUCCAUCAUACCUCUUCCUAGGAGUUCCCAUACUCCUCCCUAAGGAACCUUUCACUCUCAUAACCUUUUCCCGCCUCUCAAGGUUUCCCUCACUUCUUUACUACCCGCCCACAACUCCUCUCUCCUUAGGAAUGUUUCCCUUUCACCAACGUUUACUAGUCCCACCAUUUUUUUAGGUAGAAUCUCCCUAAACUUUCGCUCCCUUAAAUUGCUUCAUCUCUUCACACUCCCCACCAUCCCCGUCUCUUCCUCACACUUUCAGCAGUCUAUUUUAUUUCCAGCAUUUAUUUUAACGAUGCCUGGUGCUGUAAGAAAGAUUUUUCAGCCCCUUACUUUUGUUAGAAAUCUGAUACAUGACACCUGCAACGCCGACCGUCUGUCCGUCUGGCUGGGCUGCAGGGUAACAGUGAAUAGACAUGCCGUACAUAUCUAAAUCCCACGCUCCAGUAUUUGUUAUAUGCAUAAGAUAACCAAUAAACAAUGAUGUACAGGGAGAUCUUACUGUCUUCACAAUGGUGGCUGGAGUUUGCAUAGAAGGUGGUUGAGGUAAUGGUGGGGUUAUACAUAAUUUACCAACACAAUAGAAAAAAAUAUGUAAUAGUUUUGUAGAGAAAGGAAUUGUGACAAGUCAAUUAUGUGCCAAUAGUACGGGUGAGUAAUAUUGUUAUGUACGAAACACCUAAAACAUAACUGUCCCAGAUGAUAAAGGUUCAGUGUCUUCCUAACUGUUGCUGUUAUUGUCGUCGUCGUGAAGGUGUGAUCAGUGAGCACCGCUGUGUCGGGCCACUACCGAGCAGCCCGCGCCUCACGCCCCCCUCCCACGCCCUUUGCUCCACCCGUGAUGGAUAGUGACAGUUCUUCAUCGUUCGUCAUGUGCACGCCACUGACACGAUCGUUUCCCGGGGUUUCUAGGUAGUCAAAGCCCACUCACCAUUUGCCGUUUUUAUCUUUUCUCUCUUUCUGUCAUUGCUACACAUUCCGCCACGACAAGAGCUUUACGUUAAGCUUCUAUUGAACAAACAUUCACCUAGAUAUGCAAUGACAUGUUUUAAGGUUCACAUCAUGAGUCAUGGCGGACCCAGUAUCACACACACACACACACACACACACACACACACACACACACAACAGGGAAGGUGGUGGCGUGUGGACUUUGACUAUCUAACCACCCUGAUGAGCGUGAGGCUGCAGGGCCUGUAGGGAGCACGCACAGGUGAGGUAACAAACACACUGCUUCCAGGAGGGUUGCCCCGGUCCCCUAGUAUCAUGAGUAUCGUAUUUAUUGUAAGUAACUUGUCGGUGCCAUCUAGCCUGUAAGGUUUAGAGUAAUAUAAUAAACGCUACGACUUUUA